GGCUUUUCCCGGCACAUGCGCACCGCAGCGGGUCGCGCGCCCUAAGGAGUGGCACUUUUUAAAAGUGCAGCCGGAGACCAGCCUACAGCCGCCUGCAUCUGUGUCCAGCGCCGGGUCCCGCCCGUCCCAGCUGCGCGCGCCCCCCAGUCCCGCACCCGUUCGGCCCAGGCUAAGUUAGCCCUCACCAUGCCGGUCAAAGGAGGCACCAAGUGCAUCAAAUACCUGCUGUUCGGAUUUAACUUCAUCUUCUGGCUUGCCGGGAUUGCUGUCCUUGCCAUUGGACUAUGGCUCCGAUUCGACUCUCAGACCAAGAGCAUCUUCGAGCAAGAAACGAAUAAUAAUAAUUCCAGCUUCUACACAGGAGUCUAUAUUCUGAUCGGAGCCGGCGCCCUCAUGAUGCUGGUGGGCUUCCUGGGCUGCUGCGGGGCUGUGCAGGAGUCCCAGUGCAUGCUGGGACUGUUCUUCGGCUUCCUCUUGGUGAUAUUUGCCAUUGAAAUAGCUGCGGCCAUCUGGGGAUAUUCCCACAAGGAUGAGGUGAUUAAGGAAGUCCAGGAGUUUUACAAGGACACCUACAACAAGCUGAAAACCAAGGAUGAGCCCCAGCGGGAAACGCUGAAAGCCAUCCACUAUGCGUUGAACUGCUGUGGUUUGGCUGGGGGCGUGGAACAGUUUAUCUCAGACAUCUGCCCCAAGAAGGACGUACUCGAAACCUUCACCGUGAAGUCCUGUCCUGAUGCCAUCAAAGAGGUCUUCGACAAUAAAUUCCACAUCAUCGGCGCAGUGGGCAUCGGCAUUGCCGUGGUCAUGAUAUUUGGCAUGAUCUUCAGUAUGAUCUUGUGCUGUGCUAUCCGCAGGAACCGCGAGAUGGUCUAGAGUCAGCUUACAUCCCUGAGCAGGAACGUUUACCCAUGAAGAUUGGUGGGAUUUUGUUUGUUUUGUUUUGUUUGUUUGUUUUUUUGCCACUAACUUUAGUAUUCAUUCUGCACUGCUAGAUAAAAGCUGAAGUUAUUUUAUGUUUGUCUUUUAAUGCUUCAUUCAAUAUUGACAUUUGUAGUUGAGCGGGGGGGUUUGGUUUGCUUUGGUUUAUAUUUUUUCAGUUGUUUGUUUUUGCUUCUUAUAUUAAGCAGAAAUCCUGCAAUGAAAGGUACUAUAUUUGCUAGACUCUAGACAAGAUAUUGUACAUAAAAGAAUUUUUUUGUCUUUAAAUAGAUACAAAUGUCUAUCAACUUUAAUCAAGUUGUAACUUAUAUUGAAGACAAUUUGAUACAUAAUAAAAAAUUAUGACAAUGUCCUGG